AAACUUUGACAAGAUUCGGAGUCUAUUUCGGAGUACCAAUAGGUUAAACCAUGUAUUAUUUUUUGAAAAAUCCGAUAUCUACUUGAAUAAUCAUGAGGAACAGUCGGACUAUUUCACUCUUUCUACGAAACAACUUCUAUAAAUCCGCAGCGAUGUUGACUUUAAUUUUGAUUUUCAUCUAUUUCACAUGGAAUACCACGAGAUCUGAUGCAGAAAAUUACGAUUGGUCCAAAUUGGAGAAUUAUAAACUGAUCUUCGCGCAUAAUGUUCCGGAAUGGCUUCAGAUCCAAGAUGGUAUCGAUGAAUUUAACGAUUCAAAGUGUCCAUAUAACAAAUGCAGAUGGACAACAAGAAAAGCGGAAAAAGAGAUUGCUGAUUUGGUUCUAUUCAUUCUCAAAUAUGUGCCAGCAGAGAAUCCAAGGCCACCCGGUCAAAUAUAUGCACUGUAUUUAUUUGAAAGUCCGCCGCAUACGAGCCCGGUUUCAGAUGCAAGCGCCAUCAAUUGGACCAUAACGUACAGAUCCGAUAGUACGAUUCCGGCACCUUAUCGCAAAUGGAUUCCGUUCAACCCAGAAAUCAAACAACAAACACAGAAUAUCAACUAUGCCGAGAACAAAACAAAGCAAGUAGCUUGGUUUGUCUCCAACUGCAACGAUAAAAAUGGUCGAUUAAAAUAUGCUCGAGAGCUACAGAAGCAUAUUCAGGUCGAUAUCUAUGGCAAAUGCGGAUCGUUGAGCUGCCCACGUGACAACUUGAAGAAAUGCUACGAUAUGCUCGACCGUGAUUACAAGUUUUAUUUAGCGUUCGAAAACUCAAAUUGUAAAGACUAUAUCACUGAAAAACUUUUUGAUCAUGCACUGGGAAGGAACAUUUUACCGGUUGUGAUGGGCGCCUCCCAAGAUGAAUACACUAAAUACGCUCCACAACGAUCCUUUAUUCAUGUCGAUGAGUUCGAAACACCAGCAGAACUAGCACAGUAUUUAAAAGUUUUAGACACAAAUGACGAUCUCUACAAUUCAUAUUUCCAAUGGAAGGGAAGUGGACGAGUUGUCAAUGAGCACAAACAAUUUAUGUGCGAAAUGUGUGCCAGGCUACACGAUGAUCGAAUCAUGUCAACUCCAUCGUGGUACACAGAUAUCAAUGAAUGGUGGCGUGGACCGGGCGUUUGCACGACCGGAUCAUGGCGUGACGUUGACAUUUCGAAGAAUUUCUCAAAUAGGUACUGCUUUGAGUUCAUCGAAAAAUCUCAGAGAUUGCAUACACCAUACAGCUAUAGUUGGAUGCGAAAAUAA